AUGGCCACAGACAAAUCGACUACCGUGGGUCUCGACGAGGAGAAGCAUAAUUCCGAGCUUAGAGAACCGUCCAUUGUGACAUCCUCAACUGCCAACGACAUAGAAACACCAGAGGUCCGCCAUGCAGAUGCGAAUAAUGAUCAGGAAAAUGGCAUGAACGAGGCAGAAAAACCCGUUGAAUACCCAAAAGGCUUGGAGAUGUUCUUCAUCAUGCUUGCGCUGGUGCUCAGUAUCACGCUCUGCUCUCUCGAUCAGACCAUCGUUGCAACUGCUGUCCCCAAGAUUACCGACGAAUUCGACAGACUACAAGAUAUCUCGUGGUACGGCUCAGCAUAUUUCCUCACCCUCGGAGCCUUCCAGUCACUCUGGGGGAAGAUUUACAAGUUCUUUCCUCUGAAAACAAGCUUCCUGGUCUCUAUCCUCAUCUUUGAACUUGGGAGUCUGAUCAGCGCUGUCGCUCGAAACUCAACGACUGUGAUUGUCGGACGUUCUAUCGCUGGCUUGGGCGCCUCGGGUGUUGCGCCUGGAGUAUACACGAUUCCUGCUUUUAUUGCCGAGCCCGAGAAAAGAGCUACAUACACGGGUUUCAUCGGGCUGUCGUAUGGUAUAGCUGCUGUUGCUGGGCCACUUAUUGGUGGAGGGCUAACAGAUGGGGCGAGCUGGAGAUGGUGCUUCUACAUCAAUCUGCCAAUUGGUGGUCUAGCCGUCCUCGUCAUCUUGCUCACCUUCAAGACUCCCGCAGGGGUAAAGGUCGUCGACGCUACACUCAAGGAAAAGAUUUUACAGAUGGACUUUCUAGGCACAGCGCUUGUGAUGGGCGCGUCAUUAUCGCUACUUCUAGCUCUUCAAUACGGUGGCGUGACCCAUGCGUGGAACUCCAGUGUUGUCAUCGGCUUACUCGUCGGCUUUGUUCUCAUGAUCAUCGCACUGAUAGGAGUAGAAUUCUGGCUGGGAGAACGCGCCAUGCUGACACCACGACUCAUUCGCCAGAGGACCGUUUGGGUCAACGCCGUAUGGGGCUUUUUCUUUGCUGGAGCAUACUUCAUCACGCUUUACUACCUUCCUAUCUACUUCCAGAGUAUUGAUAACCAGAGUCCGAUCGGCUCGGGUGUACGAAACAUUCCUCUCAUUGCCUUGUUCAGCGUUGCCACAUUUACAUCUGGCAAAGCCAUCACAAAGACGGGCACUGCAGCUCCGUAUCUGGUAGGCAGCUCUAUAAUCGUCACUAUUGCGUCCGGCCUGUUCUAUACCCUCGACAUUGGGACCUCAACAGGCAAAUGGGUUGGGUAUCAGAUCUUGGCGGGCUUUGGGUAUGGCAUUGGCCUCCAGGUCCCGGUUGUCAUUUCGCAAGCAUUCGCUGCGCCCGGUGACAUGGCUCCUGUGACUUCGAUCAUUAUAUUUGCUCGAACCCUCGGUGGUACAUUCUUAAUCACAGCUGCGCAAUCUGGCUUCAUCAACCAGAUCAUCCACAAGCUGUCCAGCACAGCGCCGACCGUUGAUCCCGCCUUGGUUACGGAAACUGGUGCCACUACUCUGAGACAGAAUUUCUCUGGUGCCGAGUUGGAUGAUAUACUACAUGCUUAUGCAUGGGGUAUCAAAGUUGCUUUCUCGAUUACUAUCGCGGCUUGUGGAAUAACCGUUUUUACGAGCUUGUUUACCAAGUGGACCAACAUCCACGUGAAGAAGCCAAGCUCAUAG